CCGGGAGGAUGCUGUCCCGAAAGAAAACCAAAAACGAAGUGUCCAAGCCGGCCGAGGUGCAGGGGAAGUACGUAAAGAAGGAGACGUCGCCUCUGCUGCGGAAUCUCAUGCCUUCAUUUAUCCGGCACGGUCCAACAAUUCCAAGACGAACUGAUAUCUGUCUUCCAGAUUCAAGCUCUGCUGCUUUUUCAGUUUCUGGAGAGGGAGUAGUUUCAAGAAACCAGAGUUUCCUUAGAACUCCAAUUCAAAGAACACCUCAUGAAAUAAUGAGAAGGGAAAGCAACAGAUUAUCUGCACCUUCUCACCUUGCCAGGAGUCUAGCAGAUGUCCCUCGGGAGUAUGGCUCAUCCCAGUCAUUUUUGACAGAAGUUAAUUUUGCUGUUGAAAAUGGAGACUCCAGUUCUCGAUAUUAUUAUUCAGAUAAUUUUUUUGAUGGUCAGAGAAGGCAAGCACUUGGAGAUCGUGUGCAUGAAGACUACAGAUACUAUGAAUACAACCAUGAUCUCUUCCAAAGAAUGCCACAGAAUCAGGGGAGGCAUGCUUCAGGUAUUGGGAGAGUUGCUGCUACAUCUUUAGGAAAUUUAACUAACCAUGGAUCGGAAGACUUGCCCCUUCCCCCUGGCUGGUCUGUGGACUGGACAAUGAGAGGGAGAAAAUAUUAUAUAGAUCAUAACACAAACACAACUCAUUGGAGCCAUCCUCUUGAACGAGAAGGACUUCCUCCUGGAUGGGAACGAGUUGAAUCUUCAGAAUUUGGAACCUAUUACGUAGAUCACACAAAUAAAAAGGCUCAAUAUAGGCAUCCCUGUGCUCCUAGUGUACCUCGGUAUGACCAACCACCUCCUGUCACGUAUCAGCCACAGCAGACUGAAAGAAACCAGUCCUUUCUGGUACCUGCAAAUCCGUACCAUACUGCAGAAAUUCCUGACUGGCUUCAAGUUUAUGCUCGAGCCCCUGUGAAAUAUGACCACAUACUGAAGUGGGAACUCUUUCAGCUGGCUGACCUGGAUACAUACCAGGGAAUGCUAAAGUUGCUCUUCAUGAAGGAACUGGAACAAAUUGUCAAAAUGUAUGAAGCCUACAGGCAGGCUCUUCUCACUGAGUUGGAAAAUCGCAAGCAGAGACAGCAGUGGUAUGCCCAGCAGCAUGGCAAGAAUUUUUAAGUUAACUUUUCAAAAGAAAUUUUAAAUUUUAUAAGAGCUUUAAAGUAUUUUCACAGGCUCAAGACAUGCAGACAAAUACCUUCAUUAACAAAGGCAGCUUACUUUUUGAAAAUUAUAAAAUUCUAAUUUUACAUGUAUUUUGUCACUAGAAGUUUUCUUUUAUUAUAAAAUGGGUUUAUUAUUCUAAGCACCAACAUGGUAUAUACAUCCAGAUGCUGUGUAUUAGGAAACUGCUUUGAAUAGUCUUGAUGGAGAAAAAUGUGGCAAGAAAAUGUCAUAACCAUAUAUUAGAUUAGGAAUGAUCACUUGGUGACUUCCAGCCGCAGUACCUUUCUUUAAAAGAAAAAUCUAUGCAGUAUUUUUAAAAUGUUUACUGCUUCAGUGUGGAAUGUUACCUGGAAUGGGAUGGGUUUUUUGCAUAUUAUCAUGGUCUAGUUCAAAAUACAAAAUAGGAUUUGGAACCUUUAUUGUGAUAAAUUUCUGUGUAUGAUGUGUGCUGUGACCCCUUUCCCUGCCAAGGGUAAGGGACCCUUUUGCAGCAUGUUGAGAUGAUCUUGCAGGAAUAAAUUUCAGCAUAGGCCGUAGCCUGGGUGGAGAGGGCAUGUGCAGCUCUGAGGCAGGGCUGGCUGCUAUGAGCUCAGCUGCAGUGAGGAGGCAGCACCGGGUGCCCAGCAGCACCGCACACCGUCUCUCCCGCCGGCUAAGCUGCCAGGCGUGACAAUCAGGGAUUCCAUGGGAAAUCUUCGCCAUUAAAUCAGUUUUAUAUUACUUUUUUAUCUUCGAAGUGUUUCUGUCACAGAACUUUUAAAACCAUAUUAUUUCCUUCCCAGUUUCUUCCCUUUGGUUUAUAUUAAAAUGUUGUUCAUCAUUAGAACAGUAUAUUUGAUUACGGACAAGUAUAUGAUACUUCCAGCCUGUAAAUCUCUAAAAUUCUGUGAAUUUCAUAGCUUUUCAGUUACAUUUAUCUGAGCUGUAAAUACAUGUAAAUACGUUUUAAGUUUUGGUAGUCUUCCAAAAUAUAAAGCACUCCCAGUUAGACAUAAGUGGGUUUGAAUUACUGAUAAAAUA